AUGUCCUCAUUUCGCCCUUUCGCAGUUGCGAAAAAACAAUUGACAACUGAUGACAAUCAGCCUGAAAGAGACGAGGAAGUAGCCUACGAGAAAGUUGCUUUUGUUAAAAUUGUCGAUUAUAUUACUAGUAAAACCACUAAUCUUAAUGAGAAUGAUGUGUUAUCUUUCAACCUUCAUGUCAGACUUGAUACCGCACAACAUGAUGUGAAGAAUAUGAUAAAGCUAAUAGUGGAUGAGAUCGAGGGGUUGUCAGAUAUUAUUGAGUAUUCACAACUGUACUGUGAACUUGAGCAUGAAUUUAAGGAGUCAAACCAAAAGAGGAUGGAUCAUUUUGACUGUUAUGAUAAAUUAACAAUUCAUGUUGACAUGCCAGCAGAAGAAAUGAUAGUGAGAUUUUAUCAUAAUAUUCAAUAUGAGAAACCUGUUGAUAUUCAGAAAUAA